UGUCACUUUUCUCACUUUUCUGCUUUUGCUUCAUGUGCUUACGUGUGUGUGACGAAAAAUCGUGCAAAAGUCGUGAAAUACCGCGUGUAAAGAGUCAAAUUGUGGUCAAAGAUGCCCUUCUCCAGCCUGCAAGCUGUCGUCCUGGCCGCCGGCACGGGGACGCGCUACCCAGAGCUCACGAGCGGCAUCCCGAAGUGCCUGAUGCCGGUGGGUCCGUUCCCCAUGAUCUGGUACCCGCUGCACACGCUCCAGAAGUCGGGAUUCCAAGGUGCCACGGUGGUUGUGCUGGAGACGCAGAAGGCAGAGAUUCAGCAGGCCCUGGAGAAGACUCCGCUGACGAUGAAGCUGGACUUUGCCACCAUCCCGGCGGACUCUGACUUCGGCACGGCCGAGUCCCUGGUUCACAUCCAGCACAGGAUCGACCGUGACAUCGUGGUGAUCUCCUGCGACUCCAUCACGAGCUUCGACCUGGAGCCGCUCGUGGCCAUGUUCGACCAGAACGACGCCACGCUGGCCACGCUCUUCUUCGACGCCGAGGAGCAGCCGGCCGUCCAGAUUCCCGGUCCCAAGUCCACGAAGCACGUGAACGAGCGAGAGCUCGUGGGCGUGCACUUGGCGACCAACAGGCUGCUCUUCGCCGGCUACUUCAGCGACUACGAGGAGUCUUUUGACGUCUCCGGACGGCUGCUGAGGCGGUUCGGCCGGCUGUGCAUGUACACGCGCAUCCUGGACUCCCACAUCUACGUGAUGAAGCGAUGGGUCGUGGACUUCCUGGCCAACAGUCGGCACUUUGGCACCAUCAAGAACGAACUCUUGCCGUAUCUGGUGAAGAAGCAGCUGUCCAAGCCCAAAGCGCCCCCGGAGAGCGAGCGCGCGACCUCAGAAUACAACGUCAAUGUCCGACUGGACGACAUCUUCCACUACGCCUGCGACGGAGACGUGCUGAAGAUCCUGAAGGAGAAGACCAACAAGAGCACUCCACACAGCUCAGACAUCAUCAAGGUGUACGCCCAAAUUGUGCCCAAGGAGUCCUUCGGGCUGCGCGUCAACACCAUGACAAACUACUGCCUGGCCAACAGGAGCGUCCUGGCGAACUGGACGGACAUCAUGGGCGCCGGUGCGCCGCCGCUGAUCUCUUCCUCCUGCGACAACAAGUGCACGCAGCUGAAUCUCUGCGCCGUGGCGGACAACAGCGUGCUGGAGGAGAAGACGUCGCUGAAGAGCUGCACGAUCGGCGCCAACUGCACCAUCAGCUCCAAGACGCGCAUCACGGAGUCCAUCAUCAUGAAGGGCGCGACCAUCGAGGAGGGCGUGGUGCUGGAGAACUGCAUCGUGUGCGAGAAUGCCAUCGUGAGGCAGGGAUCUGAGCUCAAGGGAUGCAUCGUGGGGCGCUUCUACGUGGUGCAAGAUCAGACGAAGGCCGAGAAGGCUCUGCUGGCGCACUCCGAAGCCUGCAUUGAGAUCUAGAGCUCGAGCCACCACUCUUGUGAUGUGAGACUGAGGAAAUGUUGUGUUUCAUCACUCAUUUAAUCUACGUUUAAGGAAAAUUGUUUCGCUAAUUUGAAUAAAUCCCUAUUUUA